CCUAGUUUUGAUAAACUACGGACGUACCGAUGGCUGCGCUCGUAUGUGUGAAACGUGUUUUGAGUCAAUGUGCUGGUAAAACUAGUUUAAGAUGCAUGUCGCACUAUCCUAUUGAUGAACAUGUGUUUGGAUUAUCCAGUGAACAACAGCAGCUGCGACAAGCGGUCUUCGAUUUCGCCCAAAAGGAAUUAGCACCAAAGGCCGCUGAAAUCGACAAGAAUAAUUCAUUCUUAGAACUAAGGGAAUUUUGGAAGAAACUAGGCAAUUUAGGAGUUUUAGGAAUAACGGCCAGUCCUGAUUAUGGCGGCACCGGCGGGAAAUAUUCCGACCACUGCGUUAUUAUGGAAGAACUGUCCAGAGCUGCAGGUGGCAUCGCGCUGUCGUACGGAGCCCAUUCCAACCUGUGCGUCAACCAAAUCAACAGAAAUGGAACACAUGAACAGAAAAGCAAAUAUUUGCCCAAACUAUGCUCUGGUGAACACAUAGGCGCGCUGGCCAUGUCGGAGCCCGGUGCCGGCAGUGACGUCGUCUCUAUGAAACUGCGAGCCGAAAAGAAGGGCGACUACUACCUGCUCAAUGGAAACAAGUUCUGGAUUACUAAUGGCCCAGACGCAGACGUUUUAGUGGUAUAUGCUAAAACCGAUACAACUACAGCCAAACCGCAGCACGGCAUAACGGCAUUUUUAAUAGAAAAGGACUUCCCCGGAUUUACAACUGCCCAAAAACUGGACAAAUUAGGGAUGAGAGGCUCCAAUACAUGCGAGCUAGUGUUCGAAGACUGCAAGGUCCCAACCACGAAUAUUCUUGGCGAGCUUAACAAAGGGGUAUACGUCCUCAUGUCUGGCCUAGACCUGGAGCGCUUAGUGCUGGCCGCUGGGCCCGUCGGGCUAAUGCAGGCUGCUAUCGACGCGGCUUUCGAAUACGCCCACACUAGGAAACAGUUCGGACGGAAUAUUGGCGAAUUUCAGUUGAUGCAGGGCAAAAUGGCUGAUAUGUAUACGACACUAAGCGCGUGCCGCAGCUACCUGUACAACGCCGCCCGCGCAUGCGACGAGGGCCAUGUGAACAGCAAGGACUGCGCAGGGGUCAUCCUUUAUUGUGCAGAGAAGGCCACGCAAGUUGCGCUAGACGCUAUUCAGAUACUGGGUGGCAAUGGGUACAUUAAUGAUUACCCUACUGGAAGAAUUCUAAGGGACGCCAAGCUUUAUGAAAUUGGUGCCGGGACUUCGGAAGUCAGAAGAAUGUUGAUUGGGCGAGCUUUGAACAAUGAAUAUAAAUAGACACUGUUUUGUUAAUAAUGAAUUGAAUAUUAAAAUGUUGAUUUUUAA